AUAGAUUUUAUGGACAAGCAUUAGCACUUCAUCCAGAAAUUAGUAGUAUAUGGCAUGAUUUAGGAAUUAAUUAUUAUCAUCAAUCAAAAGUCCUUAAUGAGAAGAAAAAGUUAGCAGAAAAAUCUCUGCUUUGUUUAGAAAAAGCCAUAAGUAUGAGUCCAAAUAAGAGUAUGUACUGGAACACGUUAGGAAUUAUCGCAGCAUGCAAUGAAUUAAUGGAUUACAGCCUUUCUCAGCAUUCUUUUAUUAAAGCAAUAGAAUAUGAAAAUGACAAUGCAGCAGCGUGGACUAAUUUGGGAGUCUUAUAUCUUCUUCAUAAUGAAGUUCAGCUAGCACAUAAAGCUUUCAGUAUUGCACAAAAAUCAGAUCCUUCCUAUUCCGUUUGUUGGAUUGGGCAGGCCCUUAUUGCCGAAGCCGUCAAACACAAUCAAACGACUGAUCUGUUUCGACAUACUACCACAAUUGGAAAUCACCCUGAAGGUUUGCUUGGAUAUGGUCAUUGGGUUUGUGAAGCCCUGAAAGAGAAAAUAAAUCGUAACAGUCAGUGGUAUAAAGAAAACAUCAUAGAUAUGAAUGCUAUAAGUGUUGCUUUGGAUUGCAUGAUUAAAUAUACAGAAAAUAACAAAAAUUGUCCCAUAGCUUUUAAUAUAUUGGGAUUGUUAUUUGAAAGACAAGGAUUAUUUAGAGAAUCUCUAAAUGCAUUUGAAAGGUAUGUAAAAUGAAAAUGUCUACAUGUCUUAAAUUAUAACAACAAUGCUUCUUAACUGACUAAUAUAU